AUGGAGCGCCUCACGAUUCGCGGCAUGCUCGAGAGCUCGUGCGCCGAGAUCCCUGGCAACGUGAUCGAAACCAUCCUCGGCAUGGGCGCCGGAGUUAUUCAGACAAUCAAAAAGCUCAUGCAACGCGUCGAAAAUGCUAUCGGCGUGCUGCCAGGGCAGAUCAGAGGGCUGCGCGAGAAGCGCAGGGCAGGACGACUCGACGAGGCCACCUCGCUUGAGGAGCUAGAGGUGCACCUCAGCGAACUUGUAAAGCUCAGAGAUGACCUGAAACAUACCCCCUGCACUGCCAAGGGUUAUGGUUGGUAUAGCAACGAGCAAUUUGGCAGGGAGCACCCGGACGACGCGCUUCCCGCCCUCAUACAGCUGACGCGCGUCAAGGACGCCACAGAGCGCUACCAAGGACACGAGACAGAGCAGGUGGCGGACAUGCACAUCCUGCGGCUGCCCGGCCUGCUUUUCCUCCUCCUGUGGCUGUACGGGAUCGUGUGCGGCGUGCUUCCCCCUCUGACGUGCAAGGAGGGCCGCCAGGCCGCCAGCGGCGAGACGGCGGCCCCUCCCGGCCAGCUGGCGCGGCGGAAGCCGCAGCCGCUGCCGCGGCCCCUGCAGCAGCAGCAGCAGCAGCAGCAGCAGCAGCAGCAGCAGCAGCAGCAGCAGCAGCAGCAGCAGCAGCAGCAGCAGCAGCAGCAGCAGCAGCGACCGCAGCAGCAAGACGCCACGGCGGCCCUGGCAGACGCCAUCGCCACCAUGAAGCAGCUGAGGAUCCAGCCCCUGCCCAAAAAGCCCAUCAACAGGCCCGAGGACGUGGGCAGCAUCGAGGACCUGGUGAAGAGCAUCCAGGACAUCAGCCUCUGA